GCUUGCAGGAAGAGUAGGUACAAAAAACCAAGCCAGGACGAAAAGAACCAACGGGCACGACCAUGACUCGAAAAGCCGCGGGAACCGAGGAGACACAGGGCAGCGCAGCGCAGAGGCAGCAACCUCGGGCUUUUCAACCUUCACUGCCCCCUGCGCUCCUGCCGCUGCCGCUGCCGCUGCCGUGCGGACUAGCAUUGGCGUGCCUGCAGCGCCCGCGCGUCCACAUCAAUCAACCAAUCAAUCCAAACUCUCUCUCGCGCGCCUUGGGUCAAUUCGUCCCCCGCCCCGCCACGCGCCGUGUGUCGCGUCUCUCUGCCCCGUUCUUGCCAUCCCCGGUCUCCGCCUCUCCGCCGCCGCGGCGCUCUGUUUCCGCAUUGGACGGCGAUGGCGCCUGAGGCUGGGGAGUGGGGGUGGAUGGCGGCCGUGGCGGCGGAGGAGCUGGCGAAGCUGGAGGCCGCGCACCCGGGCCGCCUCGGCCCGCUCAAGGACGAGCUCAAGCGCCUCGUCGCCGACCCCGGCUGGGACGACGCCGACGCCUUCGCGCUCGCCUCCCUCGAACCCACCCCUUCCCCAUCAUCCUCCCAGCCCGCUGCUGCUCGCUUGGACCUGUUCACGGAAGAGUCCUCGACCAACAAGAGGAAGUGGUGUGCCGGCGGCGGCGGGGCCAGCCCGGAGCAGGGGAAGCGCCGGAGGAAGAGCGCGCCUCCGGUGCUGGUCAGGGACAGGGCGGACAUGGCCAUCGACCGCGCCAAGAAGUGCCUCAAGAAGAUCCGCGCCAUCAAGCGGAGCCUGCUUGGUGGCUUCGUCAGGGAAUGAGUGAUAGCUAGGGGCGAAAUCUGAUGGUAGCAGUAGAUUAACGCAGAUAGUGGGUGCAAAAUGGGAAUGUCCUUUCGUCGAUUGCCUUUUGGUUGUAUAUAUUUACCAGUACUAAUUUGUUGCCUUUCUGCAACUGGGAAAGUGGCAUCAUUCCGUUGA